AUGGGCGACUUUACCCACCCCCAACGAACGAUCCACGGCCCCCCUCGCCUCCUCGACAUCCAAACCACCGUCCCGGACCUACGCCUCCUCUUCCUAAAAAACGUCUCCAUCCCCCUCCAAUCCUCAAACUCUCCAUUCCCCAUCCGCGCCAACAUCUACCUUCCCAAAGAAAAAGAAAAAGAACCCCUAGACCAACCCGAUGAUGACCACCACCAAUCCAAGAACAAGACCAAGAAAAAGAGGAGAUACCCAGUCCUAGUAACCUACGGGCCCUACGGCAAGGACAUCCCCUACUCUUCCUUCCACUCUUCGUCCUUCGCCGAGGUCAACGCCGAGCAGCGGUCCGAGUUCUCGGCCUGGGAGACGCCCGACCCCGUGUACUGGUGUGGCCAGGGGUAUGCGGUGGUGCGGGCGGACGAGCGCGGGACGGGCCAAAGCCCCGGGUUGCUGGAUACGAUGAGUAAGGGUACGAGUGAGGCGUUUUGUGGGGUGAUUGAGUGGUGUGCGGAGCAGGAGUGGUCGAGUGGGAAGGUGGGGUUGUUGGGGGUUAGUUAUUAUGCUGGUUCGCAAUGGCGGGUAGCUGCCCGUCUACCGAAAGGCUUAACGGCCAUCAUCCCCUGGGAAGGCAUGUCGGAUUACUACUGUGACCGGUGUCGACAUGGCGGAAUCCUUUCUAACAACUUCAUUGAUAUCUGGUGGAACCGCCAGGUACUCGUAAAUCAGUAUGGCCUGCCCGGCCGCUCCAAACUGGAGUUCCCACCUGACGGACCCGGCGCCAGGGGACAGGAAGACACGAUCGAAGGUGACCUGACCGAGGAACAGCUGGUAUCGAACAGGAAUGACCAAACCAAAGACAACGAAGUGCACCGGUUCCGCGAUGAAGACUACUACGCCAGCAAGGAGUAUCGACUUGAGGAUAUCCAGGUUCCGGUGCUGAGUGUGGCGAAUUGGGGAGGUAUCACGCUGCAUCUGCGCGGUAACGUGCUUGGUUAUCUGUAUGCCGGGUCACGAUUCAAGUAUCUGCGUUUCAUCACUGGUCGGCACGAUCUUCCGUUCUACUACAAGGAGCAGGUUGAGAUGCAGAAGAGCUUUCUUGACGCCUUUCUCAAGGGAGAAGACACGGUAGGCUGGAGUGUCCCUGGCAAAGUCUCUCCAGUCGAGGUAACACUGCGCAAAGGUAAUAUCGGGUUCAAUGAUGCAGAGAAGGAGAAAGCGUACGAGAAAAGGUCAGAGGGCGCAUGGCCGCUUGAUUCAACAGAGUAUACAGAUUUCUAUCUUGGGUGUGAUCACACUCUCUCCCGGAACGAGCCAAAUCCAACCACGCCAAAGCAGCAGAUCGGAUAUAAAGCUCUCGGAAGCCUGGACAAGCAUGAGCUGGUACAGUUCAUCACGGCACCCUUCGAGAAAGAGACCGAGAUAACCGGCCAUAUCGUGGCACACUUGAAUGUCUCGGUGACACCCGAGAAUCCGCAAACCGAGGAGGCAGAUAUUGACAUCUUCCUGACCAUCCGCCAUAUUGACCCAUCAGGGAACGAAGUGUUCUACACCGGGACGGCGGGUGACCCCGUUCCUGUCUGCAAAGGCUGGCUCCGAGUGAGCAACCGGAAGAUGCACGAGGAAAAUCCCAAGCACAAGCCCUGGCUUCCUUAUAGAGAGUACUUGUCGACCGACGUUCUCCCCGUCAAGUCCGGAGAGGUGUACGGCGUUGAUGUUGAGCUCUGGCCAACCAAUGUGGUGGUGGAUGUAGGUGGCAGGAUUGUGCUCGAGGUCUCCGGUGGUGACACGCAAGGGGCUGGGAUCUUCCAGCACAACUCCGAGACAGACAGACCCGCCUCCAAGUUUGCUGGCCAGAACCAUCUCCAUUUUGGAGACGGCCUUGACAACUAUGUCAUCCUGCCGAUAAUCCCAUAG